CCUCUUGUGUCAUGUCUAAAUCUAACCUCAUUUUGAUGUAUUAAUUUAACUAAUUUACUAUUUUACUUUAAGUUAGGCUCACAUUCAUUUUAAUUCAGCCAAGUGAUUGUUGUUAGUUUAGAGCCUUUAAGAUGAGGGUAGUAGCUCUUAUAAGCGGUGGCAAAGACAGCACAUUCAAUAUGAUGCAGUGCAUUGCUGCCGGUCACGAAAUAGUAGCUUUAGCAAAUUUAGUACCGCAUAGUAGGACAGAGAUAGACAGCUAUAUGUACCAAAGUGUAGGACAUGAAGCCAUAGAUCUCAUCGCAGCCGCUAUGGACUUGCCUUUAUAUAAAAAAGAAACUUUAGGUAUUUCUAAUGAGAAAGGCAGGACAUAUAAACCCUCGGAAAAUGAUGAAGUAGAAGAUCUGUAUUUGUUACUUGAGACAGUGAAAAAUGAAAUAUCUGUUGAUGCUGUCUCAGUGGGUGCUAUUUUAUCUGAUUAUCAAAGAGUUAGAGUAGAAAAUGUGUGUAGUAGAUUAAGACUUACACCUUUGGCAUAUCUUUGGAGGCGGAAUCAAGAGGAACUCCUGGACGAGAUGAUAAAAUGCGAGGUGGAUGCGAUUGUGAUAAAAGUGGCAGCCCUGGGCUUGGAAUCCAAGCAUCUGGGGAGGUCAUUGAGCUUACUUCAGCCCCAUUUGAUAGCGAUGCAUGAGAAAUACGGGUUAAACGUGUGCGGGGAAGGCGGAGAAUAUGAGACUUUGACUUUAGAUUGUCCACUCUUCAAAAGCAGGAUAGUUGUUGAAGAUUCUGUUGUGAUACUACAUUCUAAUGAUCCCAUAGCCCCCGUAGGAUAUCUGAAGUUCAAUAAGCUGGUACUGGAGAUAAAAUUGCCAGCGUUGGACCUCCACAGUCGCUUAGAAGGUUUACCGUUAAAGGACAGCGAUGGCUACGUCACUGAUCAAGGGGAAGAAGCUUUUGAGAUUAUAGAAAAUGAAGAGGACGAACCUAAAUAUAAUGAGACUGCAACAAAUUCCUCGGAAGUCAAUUAUUUAAAUGAGACAAUAGCCCAAAGGCCAACUAUAACCACCAAAAAAAGUAAGGAAGGUUGGUUGUGGUUGGGGGGAGUCCAGGGUACCUCUUUGGAUCCCUCGGAAGCAAUGGACGAAGCCAUGAGUAUUUUAAAGUCUCUCCUGUCAGAAAACAUCCACACUGUCCAAGACGUGUGCUCCAUAAGCAUGUUCGUGAGUGACAUGUCCCAGUAUGCCGCAUUAAACGAACUCUAUGUCGAAAUGUUCAACCACGUCAACCCGCCCAGCAGGGCGUGUGUUCAGGUCCCCUUCGACCAAACCUGCCCCGUCAGGAUCGAAGCCCUGUCCUGGAAACAGUCGACCAAAUCGUCUGGUGACAGAAUUAUCGAAAGACACACGAUGCAUGUGCAGAGCAGGUCGCACUGGGCACCCUCCAAUAUAGGCCCCUAUAGUCAGAGCGUCAGGGUGGGCGACUUUGUGCACUUGGCUGGUCAGAUAGGGCUGGUGCCAGGCAGUAUGGAGAUGGUCGCAGGAGGCAUCAAGUCCCAGUGCCAGCUGGCAUUGAGGCAUCUGAAAAGGCUGCUGAUGGCCGUGGACUCCAAUUUUAAUCUGAGGGAUGUCGUACAGGGUAUUUGUUAUGUGACGGACAUCUCUUAUGUGGAACGUUGCAGGAAACUGUGGGAAGAGAGGACUAACAACGCGAUAGUCGAUUAUGUGGUCGUCACCGGACUACCCAGGGAUGCUUUGGUGGAGUGGCAUGUUUGGGCUCACAAGUACAACAACCAGUUUGAAUAUGAAGAGCGCGGCAAGUGCGUCGACAACUUCUUCAUCUCCAUCUAUCGCCGCUGGAACUACGACAACAACAUCGCCGCAAUCCUCUGCCGGGUAGACCAUCCACAAAGCGCUGCGACCCUUGACAACAAAAUAUUCACCGAGGCCAUGGACUAUACGAUACAGAAACUGAAACAGGGACACGAAGACGCCACGACCUCCAUUUUCAAUAUCAAGAUUUUCUAUUCAGUCACGAAAAGCAUAGAAUGCGACUCGUUUAACAGUUACUUUGAAGAUCACAUGGAAGACUCGCGGUUGAGCUACACACUGGUACCCGUCGUCUCGUUGAAGAAUAGUCACACCUAUUUAUCGAUAUGCGGGGUCAGGUUUCAGUGAACGAGAGGUGCGGGGGCUUCGGUACGAUUGAAUAAAGAUCCUAAACGUGGGGCGCUAGUCUAAAGCUAUCAUCGUAACUAUUUUUAUUGAUGCCUUUAUAGCACUUGCCAGAUCUAAGGGGGCUGAAGAUCUUAUUUUGUGGAUCGAAGUUUUGUAAAGAACACUUUAUUUUUAAGAAUAUUUUAAUUAAUAAAGAGGAAAUAAUGUUAUAUGAU